UGGAUGCGAAAGAAAACAGACAAAUACAGGUUGCGGCGGCUGGCAGAUGUUGCACUGUCGACUUGGUGCCAUCAAAUUUUAGUCCUUCGCACACUUUCGCAGCAGUCAGACGUGUUUUCGAAUCCUCAAACCGAAAAACCCAAAGUGCAUGGUAGAGAGAAUGAAUGGUUGAAUGGAAUACGUAAAAGUGAUUUAAGAAAACAUUUGCAGUUCCUUUAGCAAAUAUUCCAAAAAAAAAAAAUAAUUAAAUAAAUGCAAAUUACAAAUAUUAAUUUCACUGUGUGAGUUUAUCAUUGGGUUUAUGCCAAAACAGAGUUUAAUCAAAAUCAGAUUUUAUACUGGUGUGAAAGAAAAAAAUUAGAAAUAUUUACAUACAUAUAUGUAUGUGUAAGUGUAAAAAAUGUAACAUACUCUCCAAAUUGUUUUAAGCUGUGUAAAAUUACAAAAACUUAAGAAACUCUGUGCUGUUCUCCUGCUGGUCUCUAGUGACCAGAAAAUACAUCCUUGUGAAUAAACUCUACACAAUGUGAGCUGUCUAUCAAUCGCAAUAAAAAAAAUUACAAGCAUACAUUCCCCAUAACAACAAAGAUAAAAGUCGAAAAGUUAAGGCGAAAAGACGUCGCCAAAAUGUACGCUAUUACUCGACCGACCAGCGAAUAAUAAAAACCCACUCAACAUAUUUGGCAUUCCACGGAGUACACACAUAAGUUGCGGCGCUCAUCACUCAGCAGCAAAUCAUCCAUCAAAGCCGAGCAGCUGAGCAGUCAAGGCGAUAACCGCUAAGUAACCUGAUAAGGCGGUUCGUGCGAUAGUCGCGUGUUCGUCAACCGUUGUCAGCCACUACACUGCAGCAUGUUUGCGUCACAGCCAGCAUCCGCGCUACUCGGCACCGGCCUGCCGCUGGCUUCGCACGCCUCAACCACAACAUCACGCUCGUUUUACAUCGAUUUGGCUUCUGCUAUCGGUAAAGUUGCGGCCAGCACCAGCCUCGAUGACGGCCUGCGCAACAAAAGUGCGUUUGUGGAGAGUGAUGAUGCGGACAUCGAUCCCGCUACGGAUUAUGUGCCACCCGCACAACGACCCGAAACCUAUAUUAUCACAGUGUUGUUUGCGCUCAUCUUUAUUGUUGGCGUUUUAGGUAAUGGCACUUUGGUGAUAAUAUUUUUUCGGCAUCGCUCCAUGCGCAACAUUCCCAACACUUAUAUUCUGUCGCUGGCCUUGGCCGAUCUGCUGGUCAUUAUCAUUUGUGUGCCAUUGGCCUGCUUCGUCUACACACAGGAGAGUUGGACAUUCGGCGCCGACUUGUGUCGCAUCAGCGAGUCCUUCAAAGAUAUUUCCAUUGGCGUUUCGGUAUUUACACUGACCGCCCUGUCUGGCGAACGCUAUUUUGCCAUUGUGAAUCCGUUGCGCAAAUUGCAGACAAAGCCUUUGACCGUUUUCACCGCCUCGAUGAUCUGGAUAGUGGCCAUUCUGCUGGCGGCGCCGUCGUUUAUUGUCUCCGAUAUUCAAGAGAUACACAUUCCACCAAGCAAGAAUAGUGAGAAUUUGACAAUUCUCGUUUGCUCGCCGUUCGGACGUAACCGCACCAAUUAUGAUUCUUAUUCAAAAUACGCAGUGAUCAGCAAGGCGACUAUCUAUUAUGUGCUGCCGCUUUUUAUCAUCGGUGCCCUAUACAUUCUCAUGGCCAAACGUUUGCACACGAGUGCACGCGAAAUGCCCGGCGAGGCGUUGGGCAUGCAAAGCCGGUCGCAGGCGCGAGCGCGUCGUUACGUGGCGCGAAUGGUGGUCGCCUUUGUUGUGAUAUUUUUCGUCUGCUUCUUCCCUUACCACUUAUUCGAGUUGUGGUUCCACUUAAAUCCCACGGCUGAAGACGACUUUGAUGACUUCUGGCACGCCAUUCGCAUAAUUGGAUUCUGUGCAAGUUUUAUGCACUCAUGCGUCAAUCCCGUCGCGUUGUAUUGCGUCUCCGGCGUCUUCCGGCAGCACUUCAAACGCUAUUUGUGUUGCUUGUGCAUUAAACGACAGCCGCACAUCCGCCAACAUUCCACAGCGACGGGCAUGAUGGACACGAGCAUCAUGUCGAUGCGGCGCUCCACCGUCACCAACUACAACCGCACAUCGCUGCACAUCAACAACAAUAGGGGCGGCGGCAAUGGCGGUGGCAGCGCUGAAGGCGGGUCCGGCACCGGCGCAUGCUUCCAAAAGCAAGCCUCAAUGCAGCUGCACCACAGCGUAGCCCUGCAGAAUAACGGAGCUGGCGGCGGCAGCGGCGUGGGCACCGCCAACGACAAGAGGUGAGAUACGGUGGUCAUGAUGCUGCAAGCGGACGAAUUUCUUUAAGUAUGUAAUGCACUGCGCGAUACUCGUGAUCAUAACAGCACACACAAACACGUACGCACAUCUGCACGCACACACCUGUCUGAAUGCAAUCACAUCUACGUGUUUCACUUGAUGGGGUCUUAGAUAGUUUAAUGAGCGGCUUGCGACUGUGCGAUGGCGUUUAAGUGAAGUGUUAUUGUUGUACAUUAUUAGAGUUAUUGUAACGGGGAAGAAUAACAUUGUGUAGUGCAAUUAAAUGCAUACUAAUGAAGCGUUCUAGCGACGUGAAGCAGUGAAAGGCAAACAAACAGUGUUACCAUCUCGUUUCAAUAUUUUGGACGAGCACUUGAUGCAGCUGUGAGUUAAGCAGUGACGCUUCGUUUCACUAUGAUUUAUUCCUAAGAGGUUCCCUCCAAAUAGUAUUAUGCUAACGGUAAUGUUAUACAUUUGUUACUAUUUUUGUUAAUAUUAUAAAGCGAUAGUUGUUAGUAACACUGCUGCUACAGUUCGUUUGUUACAAAUACACUAACGAGCAACAGUUGAAUAUGGCGUUUUAAUAGUCAUUUCAAAAAAGAUUAAUUCUUAUCUUUUUUAUGAAGUAUACAUGUUCCUAAUAUAUGUCAUUUUCGCGGAUUUAUAUUCCCAGCUUUGCUCAUAAGUGUAUAAACAUAUAUUAAUCUAAUGUAUAAUAUAUAAUAUAUACAAUAUGUAUAAUGGAAAUAUUGUUUAAUUGUAUGAAGAAAACGAAAAAUAAAGAGUUUAGUAAAUAGUUUAGUAAUUAUAUAAGAAUAUGGAAAUAAAUAAAAUAUUACACAAAUAUCUUGUCGUGUUGAUCCACGCUUAAAAAACAUGAUAUUUUUGUAUUUCUUUAGUGGAACUUACGCACUUUGCCUAACUGUGAACAUAUUGAUAGAAGUAGAGUUAAGACCUUUUACAUUAAAUCAAGUUUGUUGUUAUUGCGUGUGUAGUGUAUAUACCAUAUAAGUAUACGCGAGUAUACGCGUGAUUAUUUGUAUAUAAGUGUUAUUACUUAUUCUCUGUCUGUGAAUGUAUAAAUUGAUAGCUUGCCUAAAUGUGUACUUGUGAGUACGAUUGUUAGGCGGUAAGCACAAAAUUAUUUAAAUUUACAUAAAAAUAGCAAACCACAGCUAAAAUGCAUCAGGUGCUGGAAUUUGAGAUCUUGAGAGUCUAUGCACAUGAAUAUAUAAAUAUACGCUAAGUACAGACCACACUUGCACACAUAUAUCCAUGUAUGGUAUACAUACAUACACAUAUGUGUUAUAGUUGGGGUAAUACAUUCAAGCAAACUGUUUAAUAUGUUUUUGUUACGACGAUAUGGCAACAUUCCCUCUACAUUAUACCACAUUCUUCUUUGUUUGUAAGUAAUUUAAGCGAGUAAAGAGUGCACACACACAUAUGUUUGUAUAUAAGUAAAUGUACGCUUCCAGCUAAUAAAAAAUAAACUCAAGUGACACAAAUACAUACGAACGCUCAAGCCUUUUUCUCAUAUGCUGAAUUAUUUAUACUCUUUGGAUAGCUUGGAGC